AUUUGACUUUCAACCGUCGAUGAUCGAAGGACUCAACGCGAGCAGCUAUAAUGAAAACGAUGCCAUUUCUGCCCAGAAUUUGAUAGAAUCCAUUGACCGUGCUUUAUUGCAAAUGCCCACUCAUCGAAAUUCAGCAGCAACAACGCAGCCACCCAAUUUCACAUCGGCUUUAGCUAGUAUUCAACUGCAUCCCGAUAUGAUCAACGCAUUUAUCAAUGAUCCAUCGAUUGAUCUGUGGAAUAUUCCUGCGGACUCCACCACUACAAACACACCCUCUGAUCGCUUGCAUGAAACCACGACGAUAAAACGUAAGCGAGCAAAGAGUCAGUCCCGACACAUGAAACGCUCUCGCUUUUCUUCAGACAUGUACACGGGCAUGAAUCCUCCUGCGACGCCGUCGACUUGCUUCAGAAACAGUCCUACUUAUUCACCAUCCACGAUGCAUCCAAAUUUAUAUCAUAAUAAUUCGCAAACGCAGCGCAGCCGCGAUUCACGCUUUCAGCUCGUUGACUUGCAAACAAUAGCCCAUGCUCAAGAAGAAUACAUUCAACGAAAGGAGCUGCUGGAAGCCAGACAACAAAAAUAUGAGCAACAUACAGGAUGGUUUUAAGCCCAAAACAGAAUGAAGCUAUUUAUUUGAUUUUAGCUAUUUCUUUUAUUUACUUGACAUUAACCAAG